UUCUAUUGAUGAAUUCGAUUUGCCUCAGUUAUACUUGGUUCCUUCUUCGCUGAUUCGCUUCUCCCCAUAUCUGUUCUCCGUUCCAGAAUCCAGCCCCCUGCCCCUCCGCCAGCACCACUGUAGCCCAGCCACCUCCUCCAACUGGAAGACGCCAGCACCAGCCUGAAGCCACCGCCCACCACCACCAGUAAAUUUGGCACAUACAAAUUUCCACGUAUAUCGUCCAGCUUUAUCUCCUUAAUCGAUCGAAGCUUCAGUAAAUUUCCAUGGCGUUUUCCUCCACAUCUACGGCACCAAACUGGGAUUCAAACGAAUGGGAAGUUGUAAACGACGACGGUUUUGUUUACAAACACAAAAAACGUCGUAUUGAUCCUACUUCCAUUGCUCGUGCUCCAGAUCCUCAAAUAGAUCCUUCUCUUGAAAUUAACAAGAAGAGGAAGAGAAGACGCGCAGAUUUGCGAAAGAUAAUACAGAAAUACCAAACUGAAAUUGAUCGAUGGGUUAAUUUAUCUAAUACUUUGAAGUUAAUUGAAGAAAAUGCUAAAUCUGUGGUUGUAGAAAUUGAUUCACAGGAUUCUGGUAGAGGGAAAUUGAAAGAAUCUGCUAAAUCUAAAGUGGUUUCAUUGCAGAAUCAUUCUGAUACUUUGAUUGAUGACUAUCUGUUGCAGGUGGAAAAACAAGAAGCAAUGAUCCACAAAUUUGAGCAUCUUUGUGAUGCAGCAGAAGCUUUGUGCAAGGCCCAGGACGAGAUUAUUAAACAACGAUUCUUGGAUCUCUCAAUCUGGAGUUCCCCUCACGAACUUAUGGCAUCGCUUUGCGAGGAUUGACCACUGAUGGCCUGCUUCUCGUUCUUGUAUUAGGCUUUGUCUGAAUGUGAGCUAGCUUUCUGCAGGCAUAAGGUUAGUGAAUCAGUGUUCUAUAUAGAGCUAAAAACAAUGUCUUAUGUAUAUUUCACAUAGGUAGAGGAUUUUGUAAAUGAAUGUUUUCACUUUUCAGUCCUUUCUUAUGUUGAAUGUGUUUCUUUCAAAAGGUGAGGGUUGCUUUGUAGGUGCUAGUUAUCUUUCUGUAAGUGUAUGUGAGGGGAUUCAAUCCCGAAUUGGAUCUUGUUCACUAUAUAGUACUAUGAAGCAGUGUCACAUAAUUCACUUAUCUCCUCGUGAAUUGUGAAUUCAGUUAGGAAUUAGCUAGCGAAUUAUGCUACACUGGUACGAAGUAUGUUUCAAUGAAAUCGGAUAAUUUUUGUGGGUGAACUUUUUUGCCUAUU